UCCGCCGCCGCCGCCGCCAUGGACCCCUCGCCGCCGCCGUCCGGGAGCUCCGGCGACGCCGCGGCGUCCGUAUCUGAGGCGGACGGGGCACCCUCCCCGUCUCCCGCCGUCCAGGACCUCGCCGUGGGCGUCGCGGCGAUGAGCCUGCAGGAUCGGUUCGAGCUGGUGCGGGGCAUCGGCGAGGAGUGCAUCCAGGAGGACGAGCUGAUGAACCUGCUGCAGAAGAAGCCCGUCCCCGUCUGCUACGACGGCUUCGAGCCCUCCGGCCGCAUGCACAUCGCGCAGGGUGUUGUGAAGACAAUCAAUGUUAACAAGAUGGUCAAAGCUGGAUGCAAAGUGAAAAUUUGGAUAGCAGACUGGUUUGCUCAGCUAAACAACAAGAUGGGGGGUGAUCUAAAAAAGAUCCAGACUGUCGGACGCUACAUGAUUGAGAUUUGGAAAGCAGCUGGUAUGAAUCUUGAUGGUGUGGAAUUCUUGUGGUCCUCAGAAGAAAUCAAUAAGCAUGCAAAUGAAUAUUGGCCACUCGUAAUGGACAUUGCCCGGAAAAAUAAUGUCAAGAGGAUAAUGAGAUGUUGUCAAAUAAUGGGUCGAAAUGAUUCAGACGAGUUGACAGCUGCCCAAAUCUUAUAUCCUUGCAUGCAGUGUGCUGACAUAUUUUUCUUGAAGGCCGAUAUUUGCCAGUUGGGCAUGGACCAAAGGAAGGUCAAUAUGCUAGCCAGGGAGUACUGUGAUGACAUCAAAAGGAAAAACAAACCGAUUAUUCUGUCACAUCAUAUGCUCCCUGGUUUUAAGGAGGGCCAGGAAAAGAUGUCAAAGAGUGAUCCAUCCUCAGCCAUUUUUAUGGAAGAUGAUGAGGCUCAGGUGAAUUUGAAGAUAAAACAAGCAUUUUGCCCUCCCAAAAUCGUUGAUGGGAACCCAUGCUUGGAGUACAUCAAGUACAUUGUUUUCCCUUGGUUUGAAACAUUUGAGGUGGUUCGGAAGGAAGAAAAUGGCGGCAACAAGACAUUUACCAACAUGAAUGAACUCAUCGCUGAUUAUGAGGGUGGUGCUUUGCAUCCUGCUGAUGUUAAACCAGCUCUGGCAAAAGCAAUAAACCAAAUAUUGAAGCCUAUUCGUGACCACUUCAAAAAUAAUAGCGAAGCAAAAGUUCUGCUCAACACUGUUAAGAAUUACAAAGUGAAGCAGGAAACUAGUUAAAGGUUUCAAGCUUCUAGUUCCUAAUGAUCUACAUGGAUAUCUUUAUCGGCUAUACUGGAACCAUAUGAGCUUAAUAUUUAGUGGAUGAAUUAUGUUUGCACAGUUUUAUUCACAAUACUGGGGACAGGUUAAUCAUUACAUGGCAAUCCACUAACUUUGUUUAGAUUAUGCAGUUCUGGGAUACAUAUUCCCUUUUUCAGUGUUAUAUACUGUGAAUGGUGAUGAUCACCUUACCGUUGUAGUAUGAGAAAAAGGCAAAAGUUUCUGAUUGCAGAAAUAGUGUAACUGUCUUGAUUUGAUACCAAACACUGGAAAUCAUUUUCAUUUUA